AUGGACAUACGAAAGCGAGUAUACAUGCUCUUCGGGAUCGAAUUUAGUGACAAUAAAGAUGACAAAGACGAGGAGUUGAUGUGGACGACUUUGGCGGCACCCAUAACUUUGUCGAGUAAAGAAGCUACCCAACGACUUAACUUGCCCGACCAACGGUAUGUAGGCUAUAAGUUUUGGUGGAAAAUGGUGAAAAGGCAUCGAGUGGCUGGAAAACUUGGGGCCAAUUUUGUGGGAUUUUUCCAUACUUACUAUGUCAUUUUGGCUCGAAGGGCGACAAGUGCGAGUGGUAUGAUGAAAAAUUAUCUUCGAAACCAAAUGUCCAUUCUUUGCAAGGAAUUCAACAACCGUAAGGAUUAA